AUGCUUUUGGCAUUUGUAGUGGGGACCGGCUCCCUUCUCUUCCCACAUGAAUUCCUCACUCGACAGUUAACAGAUGCAAAAUCAGUGCAGUCUUCUCAUCUAGCAUUGGUUCGUAUUUAUGGAGCUAUCCUCUUAGGAGCAUCUGUGGUUUGGUACAAAUGUCGAAAAUCCAAAGAUGAGUCAGUUAUUGGGACAAUGCUUUGGUCACGGAGUUUGGGUUUAUUGUUUCAAAUCCUGACCAUGUUAAAUCACCUGAUUUAUGUUGGUAACAAAUUCACUGACUUUUUUGCAUACUUCAUUUUGGGCAGCACAGUUCUGUGGUUGUUGGCCAAUACUUUACAGAUAUUACGCAAAUAUCCUAAACUUGGUCACUAUGAACAGGGUGGUGCUUUGACCUGGGUGUUCCGACUUGACUUUUUUAUCACCUUUCUUGCUGGGCUUGCUUUCAUGGCUUUCCCACAAGUUUUCACCUGGCUUUUUGCUAAAGAAAGCAAUUAUAUCCACCGUUAUAUCACUCAAUUGUUGGGAGGUAGUAUGCUUGGAAAUGUUUGGAUGUCUUGGUAUGGAACAAGUUUUUACUUAGAAAGAGAUAAGAAAGCGAUUUUCUUGUCCAGAAUUUUGACUACAAUGUUGAUAAUGGCAGUGUUGUUGUAUGGCAAUAUAAUGGAAGGUUAUCCUAAAGUGGAACAUAUGUGGAUGUUGUUUAUGUGGUACACCCCCUUGUUGCUAGGUGUGGCUGGUCUCCUUGUGAUCCAGGGACAGAGACAAAUUCAAAUGAAAAAAAAGUAA